UGCGCUGCGCAGGGCCUUCCCCCCCCCCCCGCCCCUCCUUGCUGCUGCUGCUGUUGCUGCUGCUGCUGCUGUAGAUUGACGGCCCGCGCUAGCGCUUCAGAGUUACUGGUUUAUUCUUGAGACUAGUCUACUCUGAGCCAACCUCAUGGAUGAACUUCAGGAUGUUCAACUCACAGAGAUCAAACCACUUCUAAAUGAUAAGAAUGGCACACGAAACUUCCAGGACUUUGACUGUCAGGAACAUGACAUUGAAACACCCCAUGGUAUGGUCCAUGUCACCAUAAGAGGCUUACCAAAGGGAAACAGACCUGUUAUCCUGACAUACCAUGACAUUGGGCUCAACCAUAAAUCCUGCUUCAACACGUUCUUCAACUUUGAGGAUAUGCAAGAGAUCACCCAGCACUUUGCUGUCUGUCACGUGGACGCCCCGGGCCAACAAGAAGCAGCACCCUCCUUCCCAACAGGGUAUCAGUACCCCACCAUGGAUGAGCUAGCAGAGAUGCUGCCUCCUGUUCUCACACACUUAAGUAUGAAGAGCAUCAUUGGUAUUGGAGUUGGAGCAGGAGCCUACAUCCUCAGCAGAUUUGCACUCAAUCACCCAGAGCUGGUAGAAGGUCUUGUGCUCAUUAACAUUGACCCGUGUGCUAAAGGCUGGAUUGACUGGGCAGCUUCCAAACUCUCAGGCUUGACGACCAACAUUGUGGACAUAAUUCUGGCUCAUCACUUUGGGCAGGAGGAGUUGCAGGCCAAUUUGGACCUCAUUCAAACCUACAGACUGCACAUUGCUCAAGAUAUCAAUCAAGACAAUCUGCAGCUCUUCCUGGGUUCCUAUAACGGUUUUCAGGUUGAAUGUAAUUCUCGCCUCGACCCUAUAAAUACAACUUUGCUAAAGAUGGCAGACUGCGGAGGACUGCCCCAAGUAGUUCAGCCUGGGAAGCUCACCGAGGCCUUCAAGUACUUUUUGCAGGGAAUGGGCUACAUCCCGUAUGUGCAGCUCAGUCACCUCAGCAGCGAGUCAGUACCAUCUGCCAGCAUGACCCGGCUCGCCCGAUCACGAACCCACUCCACCUCAAGUAGCAUUGGCUCUGGAGAAAGUCCCUUUAGCAGGUCUGUGACCAGCAAUCAGUCAGAUGGAACUCAAGAAUCCUGUGAGUCCCCUGAUGUCCUGGACAGACACCAGACCAUGGAAGUGUCUUGCUAAGCAGAUGCUCUCCCCUGGACCAUGCAAGUCCCUCCUCCUUGAAAUGACCACUCCGUAAUAGAACAUUUCAUUCCGUCAGCUGGCCCCCACUUCCUUUCAUUCACGCAUGGCCACAGCAUCUCUCUCUAGUAGCCGGGAGGGUCAUUCUCUCCACCCUUUCUGUGUGUACCCGAGCCACACCCAUGCCAUUACUGUAACAUUCCAACAUCUCCAUCUGACUUGAUCUCCAUAUCUUCUCUUGCCAGCCUUUCCCUAUGCUCCCUCAAAUAUGUAUCUGAUGAGAUUCUUUAAUUCCCAACUCCAUGUGUGUGCGAGCACGCGUGUCUGUGUCUGUGUGUGCAUAGUUCUGUGAUUUUAGACAUGCUUUCUUGUAGUGCUUCUGCAAAGGGACUUUUUUGAAUCCUCAGUGGCAUUUUUUAAGGGGAAUAUGCAGAGUGGAUAUCUGGGUGGGUUGGGCCACAAGAUUGGAUCUUGGUUCCACUUGGACAAAAACAGUAUUUGCAGAGUGAUUUCAGGAGAGAGCUGGUCUGAGGAAUAUGGGAGACUGUAGUUACUGUGUGGGCCAUUGAUUGGUUUGACCAGUAGAAGGGAUAUCCAUUACACAGAUAGGCAGGCAGGGUGGCAGUCACCUCCCCUGUCCACAUGAAUCCAUACCUGUCAUUGUGUAAGUCAGAGGGACAGAUGUGAAGCCUGUGAAUGAUGUCUGGUACACUGUGGAGUUUUCCCCAGAGAACUGACCUAAGCUCUAGAUUACUCAAGAAAGAUAGAAAACAGAGUGCAGGCUUUGCUCUGCGGAGAGAAAGUGCAGUCCCUGUCGCAUUUGAUUCCACUUACCAGACACCCACGCAUCUGCAGGAAGUGCUCCAGGUCUGAUGGAGAGCGGUUCUGCAUCCCUCAGUUCCAGAAAACGGGGUGAUAUCUAAAAAUACCAUUGAUGGUGGGGGUCUUUGUAAGGAAGAGGAAGGACCAUUCGCACACCAUCAUGAUAAAUAAGUGGAGCCUAGCUGUCAGAAGACAUAGUGGAAGUCAAGUCACCUUGAAAGUGACUUUCUGGGACGUAAGUCUUAAGCAUGCAAUGUCCCUUUAUAGGAGGGAAGAGGACAAUCUCAGGGCAGCCCUGUCCAGGUAGAAAUAUUUUUGCCCCCCUGUCUGUCGUUGGUGAGGGGUCAUACCAGCCAGGGAGACCCUCUGGGAAGAAGCUGCCACACACAAGGACUCUGGAAGUAUCCAGAUGUGAGCCCAGCCAGGGUCAUAUGGUUCCAAAUCUGAAGAAAAGGUUUUUCACACACUCCUUGCUUUCUGCUAAGAUAAGAAAGGUGUCACUCUGCCAGAGUGUGACUUUUUACAGAUUAAAUAAAGCUGUAUAUG